CGCAGUUUUAGUAUUGACCGGCAACGGGAAGCUGCUUCACUUAAAAUAGACACAGCGUACGGGACGACAAAACGGCGACGUUUCAGUCUCCACCGGCACUGCACAGACUCACUGUGUCAGCUCGGAAUCCCCGACGCCAAUGGAGCCCACGCGGCCACGUUUUUGGAAACUUUCCAUGUUCGAGGAGCCUUGUUGGGCUUGAGGAUCCGCUGCUCUCCGAUCUGAGUUUAUUCUAAAGCGAUUCGAGAGAAUAAUUUACUGAAAUUCUACUCGAAAAAGUGGGCGAGGAGCAAACUUUGUGAGUUCCAUUAAAAAUUCGAAGCGGUGAGCUCCGGCGAUGUCUGCGCCGCCGCCUGGGGUUGUUCCGGAUCCGAUAACUCCACCGUCGCCUGUGGAUUUUCUGUAUCCUCCGUCGCCUCUCGGUAAGGCAUCCUCUCAGUCAAGCAACCGCACGACAUUGAUUGCGCUCGGAGUCGGUAUAGGGAUAGGUGGCCUGGUCGUGCUCGUCUGCGUGGGCAUUUUCGUGUUAUGGUACAAGAGGAGGAAGAGGAAGCGUUUCAGCGAUGGCGGCUUUGCUCACGCACAGGAGCAUAAAGAGGAUCCCUUUCAAGGUCCACACCAUAGCCUGCAACAGCAAACUCCACAGGCUAGUAAUGUCUCUGGACAGCCGAAAACCUCAGCUCCAUUGGGAGUUUCAUCGCAUUUGAGGCUAUCCUCACAGGAAGAGUUUAGUCCACCGGCACACAUUUCUGGUGGCAGUGGAAACUCUGCAAAGCCAGUUUCGCAAGCAGGCACUGAUAGUAGGGUUUGCACUAGCCCUGCAUUUACAUACGACGAGCUUGCGCGUGCAACAGAGAACUUCUCUGCCCGUAACCUCCUCGGACAAGGUGGCUUUGGGUACGUGCACAAGGGAGUGCUUAGCAACGGACUAGUGGUUGCAAUUAAGCAACUGAAAGUUGGGAGUGGUCAAGGAGAGCGUGAAUUUCAGGCUGAGGUCGAGACUAUAAGUAGUGUGAACCACAAGCAUCUAGUAUCCCUGGUUGGACACUGCAUUUCAGAAACUCAAAUGUUACUAGUCUACGAAUUUGUCCCUAAUCAGACCCUGGAAUUUCACUUACAUGGUAAGGGGAUAACACCCAUAAAUUGGGCCACCAGGAUGAAAAUUGCCCUGGGCGCUGCACGAGGAUUAAGAUAUUUGCACGAAGACUGCCAUCCAAAGAUCAUACACCGUGAUAUUAAAUCAGCUAACAUUCUUCUUGAUGAAAAUUUCGAGGCCAAGGUUGCAGAUUUUGGGCUAGCCAGGUUCUCUGCAGAUACUGAUACACAUGUCUCCACACGGGUAAUGGGAACAUUUGGAUACUUAGCCCCAGAGUACGCUCUUACUGGGAAGCUGACAGAGAAGUCAGAUGUCUUCUCAUUUGGCGUUGUUCUUUUGGAGUUGAUCACUGGCCGCCGACCAAUUGAUAAAUCGCAGUACUAUCUUGAUGAUAAUAUCAUUGAUUGGGCGAGGCCUUUGCUCACACAAGCUCUGGAAAACGGAAACUUCGAUUGUUUGGCUGAUUCAAGGUUACAAAAGGAUUACGACUCUACUGAGAUGGCCCGAGUGGUUGCAUGCGCCGCAGCCUGCGUUCGUCACUUGUCAAGACGAAGGCCGCGCAUGAGUCAGAUAGUUCUUGCUUUAGAAGGGAAGACUCCCCUGGAGGAUCUGCAUGACGGAAUCCGGCCAGGCCACAGCACAAUGUUCGGUUCUCACGGUAGCAUAGACUAUGACCUCGACGCCUCUUACGACACUACGCAGUAUAAAGAGGACCUCAUGAAGUUCAGGAAGAUGGCAUUACAAAGCGUGGACAUCACAAUCACCACAAGCGAGUUCAGCGGUCCGACCAGCGACUUUGGUAUUCAGCCGUCGGAAUCGAGCAGCGAUGGACUGCAAAAGCCUCAAUAGGAGCUAGUCAAAUCCAUUCCUGACUUACCUCGCAUUGAGAGAAUAUAUGGCAAAUUGUUUGUAGAGUAUAUAGCCUAUUGUCCUCGCAUAUCUCAUCCAUUUUUAUGUAUUUUGAUUCCUCCUUCGUGUAGACGUGCGUGCAGGUGCUUGGAUGGACUGACGAUCCCCGGUGUCCGUACUGUUAGGGUUCGUCGGGAGUGAAGUCGAAUCGAGUGUGUAGAUUGCGUGCAUGUUAAAAUUAGCUUUAAUGGUGAAGAUUUUUGGCUUGCUUUGGUUU